UAUAUGUAUUCUAUCCCACAUCGAAUGAGGCGACUACCGUGAAACUUUAUGAUGAACGUAAAAGAGAAGUAGUCUCGUUUAGCUGGUUUGAGUAUCAGGAAAUCAUAAUCAGAAUGAGCGGGCCUUUGGCAGGACGACUGGCAUUAGUCACAGGUGCCGGGUCUGGCAUAGGACGAGUAACGAGCAAACUCUUAUCCCGGGAUGGUGCCAUCGUCAUUGCCGUCGACCGCAAUGGUAAAGCCGCAGAAGAGACUAUCCAAGCUUUGAAUAAUCAGAGCGAAAACAGUGCCUUUGAAAUAGAUGUGUCUUCCAGCGACAGUGUGUCCAAGGUGCUAGAUGCUACCCUCGAGAAGUACAAACGUCCACCGACGAUUGUGGUCAACUCCGCGGGCAUCACCAGGGAUAACUUCAUGCUGAAAAUGUCCGAGUCGGACUUUGAAGCCGUCAUCGACGUCAACCUGAAGGGAACUUGGCUGAUGUUGAAACAGUUCGGCAAAGCGAUGGUGGAUGCUCAAGUCAGCGGGUCGAUGGUGAAUGUAUCUUCAAUUGUGGCUCGUAGCGGAAACAUUGGACAGUCCAACUAUUCCCCAAGCAAGGCCGGCGUCGAAGCGAUGACUAAAGUUGUGGCCAAGGAGUUCGGACGAUACAACAUCAGAGUGAACGCUGUGGUACCCGGGUUCAUCGAAACGCCCAUGACCGAUUCUUUGCCCCAGAAGAUUAAGGAUAUGGUCGUCAUGCAGUGUGCAUUACGGCGUUUUGGAAAGCCUGAUGAAAUCGCUGAAGUGAUUGCUUUCUUAGCAUCAGACAAGAGCAGUUAUAUGAAUGGCACGUCGGUUGAAGUUACUGGAGGAUAACAUUGCAAUAGACAUCGGUGUUGCACUAUUCAGGUUGAAUUUAAACAAAUCAAAGCAUUUGAUAAAUCUAGUUAUCAAAUGAUCCUUGAGCAUUUACUAUACAGUGGAAAUACAGGUUUUUUUGUUGUUUUGUAUCAAAUUA